ACAAAAGUGGUCUUUGGAGCAUAGCACUUCAGUCCUCAAAAUGACUGCCCACAUAAGGAUCACACUACUUUUCCUUUUCUUACAUGCAGUGAAUUGUGGAGUACUAGAUAAUUAUCAAAAAACAGAUGGUGCCUGGAUUAUUUCUCCCAAUCGAUUUUUCUACUUAGUCAGCAGUGACACUGAAUGUGCAGACAAAUGUGAAGCAGAAACACGAUUCACAUGCAGGGCCUUUGUUUUCACCGUUAAGGAUCAGCAGUGUGCCACUAUAGCUGAGAACAGCAAGUUUGCAACUUUAAUGAGAAUGCGAGAUGCAGCACUAUAUGAAAAGAAAUUAUACCUUGUUGAAUGCAAGAAUGGAAAAGGAAAUGAUUACAGAGGAACAGAAUCAAAAACUGCAUCUGGAUUAACCUGUCAGGAAUGGUCCCGUCAAACACCACAUAUACCCAACAUUACACCCUCAACACAUCCCAAAGCUGACCUGAUAAAGAAUUUUUGCAGAAAUCCGGAUGAUGACUCAAAUGGCCCUUGGUGUUAUACUACAGACCCAAACAAAAGAUGGGACUACUGCAGUAUACCCAAAUGUGAAGAGGAAUGUAUAUUCUGCAGUGGAGAAAAUUAUCGUGGAAAGGUGGCAAAAACAGAAUCUGGCACCGAAUGCCAGAGAUGGGACACCCAGCUUCCUCACAAUCAUGGCUACAAACCACUUUUGUUGCCUGAUCAAUAUCUGCAAGAAAAUUAUUGCCGGAAUCCUGAUGGGGAGCCCAGACCAUGGUGCUUUACAACAAACCCAAACAAACGCUGGGAGUUCUGCAGUAUUCCUCGCUGCAAUACUCCACCACCUUCGAUUGUCCCAGAACUGAAAUGUAUUACAGGAAAAGGAGAGUUAUAUCGAGGAACUAUAUCAGUCACUGCAUCUGGAAAACAGUGUCAGAGAUGGGACCAGCAUGUACCUCACAGGCACUCCAGAACACCUGACAACUACCCUUGCAAGGGACUUAAUAAUAACUACUGUAGAAAUCCAGAUGGUGAGACAAUGCCCUGGUGUUACACCACUGACCCUAACACACGAUGGGAGUACUGUACUAUCCCAAGUUGCAGCAGUGAAUCAGAUGCUGCGGCUGCAGCCCCUAUACCAACUGCAUCAGAUUGUUAUGAAGGGAAUGGUUCCACAUAUCGUGGCACUGCCUCACAGACUGUCAGUGGCAAGAAGUGCCAAGCCUGGGAUUCAAUGACACCUCAUUCUCACGAAAAAACUCCUCUAGAGUUUCCAAAUGCGGGGUUGAUAUUAAACUACUGCAGAAACCCAGAUGGUGACGUUUCACCGUGGUGCUACACAAUGGACCCCCACACCAGAUGGGAAUAUUGUGAUAUUGAGAAGUGUCCAACUGUUGUACAGAAGCCUACCACUGUUACUAUAUCUGUAGUGAAUCCUACACCUCCUGCAGAGCUAAAAGAUUGUAUUGUCGGUUAUGGUGAGAAUUAUCGUGGAAAAACCUCCAAGACAUCAGCUGGAAAGAAAUGCCAAGAAUGGGCUUCUCAGACACCAAAUGUACAUGUCAGCUUUACUCCAAACACUCAUCCAAAUGCAGGACUGGAUCAAAAUUACUGCAGAAACCCAGAUGGUGACAUCAAUGGACCAUGGUGUUAUACAACAGAUCCAAGCCAGAAAUGGGAUUACUGUCGAAUCCCUAAGUGUGAAACUCCUGUUAGAGAAUGUGGAAAACCUCAAGUUCAGCCAAAGAAAUGUUUUGGAAGAAUAGUAGGUGGCUGUGUUUCUAAACCGUACUCUUGGCCCUGGCAAAUAAGUCUUCGGACCAGCUAUCAUCAGCACUUCUGUGGUGGAACACUGAUUGCUCCCCAGUGGGUUCUCACGGCCGCUCAUUGUGUAGAAAAGAAACCAAGACCUGCUUUUUAUAAAGUCCACCUAGGAAUCCAUAAAGAGGCUUCAGAUGAACCAUCAAAGCAAAUACUGGAUCUUUCAGAUCUUAUCUUGGAACCUGGAAAGGCUGACAUUGCUUUACUUAAGUUAAAAAGCCCAGCAAUAAUCAAUGACAAGGUCUCAACUGCUUGCUUACCACCACCUGACUAUAUUUUACAAACUGGUGCAUACUGUUACGUGACAGGAUGGGGCGAAACACAAGGUACAUCAGGAGAGGGCUUCCUAAAGGAAACAGGGUUCCCAGUAAUUGAAAAUAAGGUCUGCAACCGGGCAGAAUUUCUGAAUGGAAAAGUAUCCGACAAAGAGCUUUGUGCAGGAAACAUUGAUGGUGGAACAGAUAGCUGUCAGGGUGACAGCGGAGGUCCAUUAGUAUGUGCAGAAGGAGACAAGUUUGUACUUCAAGGAGUAACGUCUUGGGGUCUAGGCUGUGCACAGGCCAUGAAACCUGGUGUUUAUGUUCGAGUUUCAAAAUUCAUCAAAUGGAUUGAACAGACAAUUGCUGCAAACUAAUGUCUAUAUUGUGUUACUGUAUUGUGUAAGUGUAAUAUUCUGUACAGUAAAAUUGUUACAAAAGCUUGUUACAAAAGCUUGUAUGUCAGUAAAUAUGUACUGAUUAAAAUAGAAAAGAAAUAGCUUAUGAAAAGGCCGGUUUCACAAAAUUAGUAAUUCAUUGCCUAUAUAUACUUUUACCAAGAUGGGAAACACAAUUUUUAUUGUUAUUGAAGCAAAAAGUCAAUUACCAUUAAAACAAUAAAAUUUAA